CGGGGCCGCCGAGUCGGCGUCUGCUCGCGCUCCUCUCCCGAUGGCCGUCCCCGGUCCGGACCCCGAGUCGGAGCCGGAGUCGGUGUUCCCUCGGGAGCUCGGCCUCUUCGCCGACUCGUACCCGGAGAGAAGCCGCUUCUGCUUCUGCGGGCACGCGCUGAGCAUCACGCAGAACUUCGGGUCCAGCCUCGGGGUGGCUGCGCGCGUGUGGGACGCGGCUCUGAGCCUGUGCAACUAUUUCGAGAAGCAAAAUGUUGAUUUCCGAGGCAAGAAGGUGAUCGAGCUGGGCGCGGGGACGGGCCUCGUGGGCAUCUUGGCAGCGCUACAGGGGGGGGAUGUGACCAUCACUGACCUGCCCCUGGCCCUAGAACAGAUCCAGGGUAACGUCCAGGCCAACGUGCUGCCGGGAGUGCGGGCCCAGGUCCGCGCCUUGUCCUGGGGGGUGGAUCAGCACGUCUUCCCCGGAGACUAUGACCUGGUGCUGGGGGCCGAUAUCGUGUACCUGGAGCCCACCUUCCCACUGCUGCUGGGGACCCUGCAGCACCUGUGUGGGCCCCAGGGCACCAUCUACCUGGCCGCCAAGAUGAGGCAGGAGCAUGGGACCCAGAGCUUCUUUCAGCACCUCCUGCCCCAGUAUUUCCACCUGGAGCUGGCCCAGCGGGACGAGAACGUGAACGUCAACAUCUAUAGGGCCAGGCACAGGAAACCUAAAUCUGCGUGACGACGCCCCCUUCUGGCAUUCUCAACCCCGGGUUCCCCCUCUCCCAAGGAACUGAGUGUCACCAAAGCCAUACACACAAGGACCAAGAAGGAUGAACUCACCUGGCCUUUCUCUUCCCCCUCCCCUUUCUUUGUUCCCCUAGACCUUUUGGAGGUCAGGAGCACCUGCUGGAGCCCUCCCAGCCCUGGUGCUAGAACAGUAGGCAGGCACCCAGCUGUUGUGCUCAGAGGAAGAGGAUGGGAGGAGAGGAGCUAGGGUGUCUGGGGGAGGGGGCAGUAGGGAAACAGGAUGCUGCUGUCUGCUGGCUUUUUUUUUUUUUUUUUUUGCAAAGUCUAUGGGAUUUUUUUUAAGGGAAAAAAAAUCAGUGAGCAUUAAGGAUCUCUCCACGCCUUUACUAGAGAGCUGAGAAGAAGCCCAAAUCACCCAUUUCUUGUUUCUUGAGACACAAUCUGGUAGGACCCUGUCCCUGGACUGGGUCUGGGCAGCAGGGAUAUCUGUCGGGGCUGGAGAAUCGUGCUGCCCGGAAGAACCUGCCCCAAGCCUUGGCUUCUUCUUGUCUUGGGUCUUCCUCUGGGUUUCCAGGCUGUGUCACUCCUCCCUCCCUAGGGUGCUGUGCCUCCCCACUCUUCCUCUUCCUGCUGCUCGUGCCCGGGGCACUCUGCUUUCUGCCUAGGUCAUGCACACUGGCUUCUCCCUGGCAUUCUAUCUCUCUGCUUCAAGCCAUUCCUGCAAAUGCACAGGAUCUUCCAGAGUCAGCUCCGAGGAGCUCUCACCAUGGCCUUGGGAAGCAAAAAUGGGCUGCCUUGCCUUGCAGCCAGUCAGUCCCCCUGUGAUCUCACUGCCUCUCAUCGCCUCCCCUGGCCCCCUCCAACACAGGGACGCCACAAGGUGUGCCUUCCGUUCUCUGAAUCCCAUGCAGGCGCCUGAUUCCUUCCAUCCCUGUGGAUGACCCUCCCUGGGCCACUGCUGCCUGCCAGAACCCUUCAUUCCUCUUGGCCUGUUUCGUGAAAACAAGCCUCUCCCAGGUCUCCUGUUUCGAUGCUGUUUCUUUUCCUCUUUUCAUUUCAUGGGACCUCAUCUUGUCUUGUGCACAUAUUCGAUCCUUGCUACCUCAUUACCUUUAAAGGUACAGGCCUGUGGUUCCUUCAUCUCUAAUCCUCCCUGCUAAAAUUUGAAGAGGAUCUGCUGCAAAACUCAACCAGGCUUUUAAGCUUAAGGCAGUGAUGAUAUUUCCAGGUGGGGGCCUGGGGGAAGGUCCUGGCUUCACUGGUGCCAGUAGAAGGUGCCUCCUGCCCCACCAUGUGAUUCUUCCUCUGUAACGGGCGCCAUCAUUCUCACCGGACCGUUACUGGACCAUCGCCAGAGCCUGCAUUAUGCCAUUUGAACUUUUAAUCUCCCAAUCCACAGACUAAACAAGAAACCCUCUUCCUUCGUCAGCACAUUAUCUCAGGUAUUUUGUUGUAGUUGCCAAAAAAUAUAUAUAAAAAAAGCUGACAGCGCAGCCCCGAAGCCAGCUGGGUUCCUGCCACAGGGGAGAUUCUCAACAGAUACUUUAACCACCCCAUACCUCAGGGACCAGCGUGAGCAAAUUCUGCAGCUCACCGACUUACGCUGCCUCACAAGCUUGUCACGAAUCACAAGUGGAUAAGGAACAUGAAAAUGUAGUACGGGCAAUAAAGAAGUAGU